CUGCCUUUCGUCCUCCUGCAGAUGGGAGCGCCCAGUUUUGCAGCUCCAAGUACAGUCAUGCCCUCAAACCUGGGAGGGCCCCUCGGAGGGGGGCUGGGAGACCUCUUCGACCUGGCCGGAGGUGUGAGCAACCUGUCGGGCUCCCACGUCGCUCCCAAAACCGUGUGGCUCCCUGCGGUAAAAGCCAAAGGCUUGGAGAUCUCGGGAACCUUCAGUCGCCGGGCCGGCUCCCUUUCCAUGGACCUCACCUUGUCCAACAAGGCGUUGCAGGUCAUGUCGGAUUUCGCCAUCCAGUUCAACCGGAACAGCUUUGGCUUGGCCCCUGCUGCCCCUCUGCAAGUCCACACCCCUCUCGCCCCCAACCAGAAUGUGGAGAUCUCUCUCCCGCUCAACACCGUUGGUUCAGUCAUGAAGAUGGACCCCCUGAAUAAUCUGCAGGUAGCUGUGAAAAAUAACAUUGAUGUCUUCUACUUCAGCACCUUGUAUCCUCUCUACAUUCUCUUCGUGGAAGAUGGGAAAAUGGAACGGCAGACAUUCCUGGCCACGUGGAAAGACAUUCCCAACGAGAACGAAGCCCAGUUCCAGAUUAAAGACUGUCCACUUAGCGCAGAUGCCGCGAGCAGCAAGCUUCAAGGUAACAACAUCUUCACCAUCGCCAAGCGGAACGUGGAAGGACAGGACAUGUUAUACCAAUCCCUCAAGCUCACCAACGGGAUUUGUAUCCUGGCUGAGCUGAGAAUUCAACCCGGGAGUCUUAACUUCACGGAUCUAGAGCUCUCCCUGAAGUGCCGCGCUCCCGAAGUCACCCAGCAUGUUUUCCAAGCCUACGAAACCAUCCUGAAAAACUAAAGCCGCCCGGCGGGGAUCAAGUUUUGAGAAACAAAAACAACGAAUUCCAAAAACAACAACCAACCACCCUCUAUAUUUUUUCUUCCUCCCCUUCCUCCCCCUGUUCGGAAGACCGAUAUUUUUGGGAUCGGACGGCUGGUAUCCGGGCAGGCUUUUGCGAGCGGCUGGAAUGGAGACACACCCACCCCACCCCUGCGGAAGUCGGAGAACGGAGCAGCGAGGGGGGAUGGGGCGAAGGAGACCCGGCUCACUAUUUUUGUGUGCGCGCGUAUGUCUGUGUGUGCGUGUGUGUGUGUGUGUGUGUCGAAGCCUGCCGUGUCCUUGAGGCGCUUUUGUGUGUCGAAACCACGGGCUGCGCGAGUUGCCAUGUUGCAGCUGUAAGCUGGGAAUGUCCGCGGCGUCCUUCAGCAUAUCCUUGUGGUCUUGCUCUUCUCCCACCUCAAUAAAGAAAUCAAUAAUGACCACUUAA